AUGAUUAAUCAUAAUAAUAAAAUCAAUUGUAAUAAUAAAAAUAAUAUAUACAUAUCAUUACUUUUAAUAUUUUUUAUAAUAAUAAAUUGUAUAAAUGGUUCAAGUGUAAUAAAAGAUGAAGAAAAUAAUUUUAUAAUAAAUAGCGAUGACAGCAGUUCCGGCGAUGAUAUCAAUUUUUGUGAUCAAUUAGAUUCAGAUUUUUUUGUACAAAUAAUAAACCAAGGGUUUGAAGAUCAAACAAAUUAUUCUACUGGUUGGCAAGCCACAAACGAAACAAUGUUUAUUAAUUCAGAAGAUUGCUAUGAAGGUACUGUAUGUCUUAUGUUUUCCGAGAGCACAGAAAGUAUUACAAGUGUCGCUUUACAAUUUCCAAAUUUUAUGGAACCAAGAGUUACCGAUUUAUUCCCUACCUUCAAUCUAAGUUUUUAUUAUUUAUAUACAUUUGAAUCUUCCAGCAGCGAGUCUGGCUCGUUAUCAUCUGAAAGUUAUUAUACCACAAGUGAAUCAUUGCUGACUGGUCAUACGAGUACUACAGGUACUUCUGGUGGUUCAAGUAUAGAAACUACAGGCUCAGGAUCAUUAUCAACAGGGUCACAAGAUAAACCUGGUUUUUCGAAUCAAAAACAUUUUAAAUAUUCAAAGUUGGAUCUAAUGAAUAUAGAAAAUAAUAAUAAUAAUAAUAAUAAUAUAAAUAAUAAUAUAGACAAGUACAAUUAUAAUUUUAAUUUUAACGAAAAUAGUAAUGAAAAUUUAAUACCAAAUUAUCUCAGUGUUUAUAUUGAUAAUAACUUAGUAUUAAAUAUUAGUACAACAGAUUAUUCACAAUCUCCAACCCCAUACCAAAAAGCAACUGUGGAUAUUACAAAAUUUUGUGAUGGUGGCCAACAUGAAAUAACUUUAAAAUAUACUGAUACUGGUUAUUUUAUAAAACUUAAUAUAUUUCAAACAAUAAUAGUGGAUUAUAUAAAUUUCGCUCCUAUACCGAGUCAACUAAUUGAUAAUGAUAUAUAUGUCUCAAAUAAUGGUAGUGAUUUUUCUGGUAAUGGUACUUUAGCAAAUACUUUUUGUUCGAUCCAAAGGGCAAUUUAUUCAAUUCAAGAUGGAAGAAAUAUUUAUUUAUUAGGAAUUAAUUAUAUUGAAAAAUUUUAUUGGAAUCAAACUUACUAUGUUGAUUUUAAUGGAAAGAGCCUUGGAUUGAAACCAACUGACCAAAAUGCCACUAUUUAUACCAAUGAUUUCCAAAACCAAAUCUUUUUAGUAAAUUCACCUCUGGUUACAUUGAGCAAUAUUAAUAUGGUUCAAAGGUUACCAUCUAGGGCAUUUUCAGUUUGUCAAAAUUCAAGUCUUCAAAUUCUUAAUUGUAAUUUUCAAUUGGAGAGAACAACACAAUACUAUUUAGUUCCUGCUUUCCAGAUUAGUAUACUUUCAAAUUUUUCUCUUGUAGAUAGUUAUAUAAAUGGAUGCUAUACCUAUUGUAUAGUAAGUUUAGGGAUUAAUACAACUAUCCAAGGUGUUUAUUUUGAUGAUGUAGUUAGUAGCUUAAUUACUAUUGAUCAAUUUCAAUCAUCUUUGUAUUUUUCCAAUUCCAAAGUUCUUUCUACCCACCCAAAUGAUUUCCAACUUGUAGUUUCGACCGCUUUUAAGGUUAUAGAAAUUGAUUCAAUAGAUUUUUUCAGUAAUCUAUCAUCAACAGGCAAUGUUCCAACCAUGACUGUCGGUGGAGGAUAUAGUUUUUCAAUUUCCAAUAUUUCCGCCACCUACCAAGCACUUUCCAUAAUGAUAAUCGAGGUUGAACAUAUAUUGAUAAAAGAUUUCACUAUAUAUUUAUACACCUAUUUCCAAAACGAAUUCCUCAAUGUGGAAGAUUCAAAAAAUCUAGUUAUUAGAGAUAUGAUAUUUUAUGGGUCUCAAGAUGAUUCACACCCAUAUAUUCAAGCUAAUAGAACAGAAAAUUUAUUGAUGGAUAAUAUAACUUAUACUUUUAAUCCAACAACUUUGGUCUAUGCUAAUCAGGUUUAUAAUUUCACAUUAACCAAUUCUAUAUUCUCAAAUAACUCCAACUUGGUUUCUCUUCUUGUUUCAAAUGCAAAUACUUAUAUCUAUAAUACAAUUAUGGAAUGGAAUAAUAUUCAGUUUCUUUCAAUAUCAAAAUCAAAAUUAGAAAUUUCAAAUGUAUCUUUUAUAGGCAACCAAAACUUUGACACAAGCACAAAUAUGCCUUUAAUAUAUAUGGUAGAUAUGGAGCCAUCAAGUAUUAGAUAUCUUAAUGUUUCAGAUGGUUUUAAUUUCGAAAUUAUUAAAAUUAUUAACUCGGAAAAUGUCCUCUUGUCCUCUUCAGUAUUUUCAGGUCAACAAUUGGGUAAUAUUAUCGGUAUUCAGUUUUCCAAACUCCAUAUCAUCAAAUCGAAAUUUAUAAAUAACUUUUUAGGUCAAAGCUACCCAAUUCAUUCAAUAAACUCACAAUUAGAGUUAGAGAGAUGCUAUUUCUUCAACAAUACUCAAUAUUUUUUCAUGUCAAAUACAACGUUUCAAAUUAACAAUACAGAUUUUGACAAUAUUAUUACUGUAUCGCAAAAAUCUUAUUACAUCUAUAAAUCAACAGGUAUCUUCAAGAGAGUAACAACGUCAAAUACAAAUCCACAUAUAGGUAUUGUUAUUGAUCUUUCUAAUGUCAAGCAUUACAAUUGUAAUUUCAAUAAAAUUUCAUCUUACAACAAUACAUUGGGUUUAUACACAAAUUCAAACUUAUUGUUUAGUAAUUGCACUUUCGAUUCAAACACAGCAGCGUUUAACAUGGCAACCUUUAUUAAGAAUAUAACGGUCUUUGACAAUUGUACAUUUUAUUACCAAGCAAGUAUUGAAGUUAGUCUCUUUAGUAGUGUGGAUCAAAAUCUAUUACUUUUGAAUAAUUCAAAAGUGCAAACCUGUCAAUCGAAAUCCGAUGGCAUUCAGAUUAGAAAUUCAAAUUUUAUAAUGGAAAAUACCAACUUUACAUUCAAUUUUAUUCAAGGAGGUCUUGUAAAUAUGUUUGCAUCUAAAGCUUCGUUUUUCAACAUUAACUUUAUCGAUAAUUCUGGUAAUAUUAUGGUAGCAAACAGCAAUUUAAAUAUUGAAAAUUUUACAGGUGGUCUUAACUCUUUAUCCAAUCCUCUUUUUGAUAUUACUGGGUCUAAUUCAAACAUUUUAAAUUCAUUGUUUCAGGAUAAUUCUUGCUCAGAGGCUUUAUUUGAAUUGACCAAUUCAAACUUAAAUAUCACCGGGUCUAGUUUUUUUGGAAAUAUUUUAACCAAUGGCUCAGUUAUUGAAACAACAGGUAGUUCUCUAAAUAUGCAAAACUCAACUUGUAUUGAAAAUUCCAAUGAAAGAGGUGGAUCUUGUUUUUCAAUUUUUAAUAAUGUUGGUACCGAUACUUUUAUAGAUUCAAAAUUUAGUAAUAAUACUGCACAGUAUGGUGCUGUUGGUUUCCUCAACUCUGCCUCAUUAGAAUUUUCAGGAUGCUCAUUUUUUCUAAAUACAAUUUCAUUUGUCGGUUUGGGCGAGGUAGGACUACAAGGUUCUGGAGGUGUAUUUACAUUACAAGAAAAUUCAUCGGUAGUUGCUUCAAACUCAUCUUUUAAUUUAAAUUCAGCAUCUAACUUUGGUGGUGUUGCUUUUCUUUAUGGCCAGGGUAAUAUAAUGUUUUUCAAAAAUUCCUAUGUUUAUUCAAAUACUGUUGAAUUUGGUGCUGGUGGUGUGUGCUAUUCUACCGUAUAUGAAGGUUGUUUUACUGAUAGCCAAACAAAAUUUUUAUUAAAUAGUGCGAUCUAUGGAGAUAAUUUUGCAUCUUUUCCAGCAAAAUUAAAAAUUCAAAGUCAAAGUUUUUCCAUUCAUCCAAAUACAAAUUUUACUUUAGGUAUCACACUCUUUGACUAUUAUAAUCAAAGUAUGACUUUUUUAGAUUUCCAAGUAAGCUAUAUUGUUAAUAUAACAAUUAAUAAUAUAGUUGUUCAAAGUUUUUCAACACAAGUAUACCAAGGUUCAAUUUUAUUACCAGGAUUAGCUUUUAAUCAUAGUAUUGGUCAAAUUGUUAGAUUUUCCGCAUUAGCUUGGUUCCCAGAGACAGAUGGCGAUCAAGUAAUAUUAACCGAUGCAUUUGAAAUACCAUUUACAGGUUGUUCAAUUGGGUUCUCACCAAAUUCAAGUAACUAUUGCUUACCAUGCCAAAUUGGCACUUAUGGUUAUGAUGGUUCCAAUUGCUAUAGUUGCGAUCCUACAAAGGUUAUUUGCCCAGGUAAAGAUGUCAUGUAUCCACAACAGGGUUAUUGGAUCCUUUUAGAACAAGAUAAAAAACCAGAUAUAUUUGCAUGUGACCCCGCUUAUUGCCAAAAUAGACAAUGCAGAACUGGUCAAGGUGGUGUUUUAUGUUCAGUCUGCGAACCUGGUUAUUCAAAAGUCAAAAUGUAUUGUGAAAAGUGUGAAGGAUUUAAUGUCUAUUUAUUAUUGGGUAUGAUUUUAUUCUACAUUAUUUUAGUUUUAUUCCUUAGCAUUUUCACUGUGCCUUCAACAUCAAUCAUUUUAAAUUAUCUCUUAGUAGUUCAAAUUAUUGCAGUAAUGGGAUACAAUAUUCAAUACCUUUCCAUUAUACCACUUUUUACCUUUAGUUUAGAUUAUUGGCCCUCAGCUUGUUUAGACCCAACAGUUACAUUCCUUUGGAAACAAGUAAUUUCAUAUUGUAUCAUCUUUUUAAUAGUUAUUCCAAUCUCAACUAAAUUUACAUGGGGUAAAAAACUAAUGGCUAGAAUUUUACCAAGAUUCAAUGUUUUUAUAACUGAAAUAUUCGAUAAAAAUUUAGUUUACUCUCUAAUAAGUAUGCUCGUCACGCUCUAUACACCAAUCACAUAUAUUUCACUUAGCUUGGUCAGUUGCACAAAAAUAGGAAGCAGUUCAUACCUUAGUCUAGAUCCAUCUGUCGAAUGCUUCACUUCAAAACAUCUUCCACUGUUUAUUUUUGCUUGUAUAAUAUUAGUUCUAGUCACAAUUGGUGUACCGUUAUACAUUUUCAUUCAAAUCCGUAGAAAGAAUCGUUACUUUACAAAAAUAUUUUUCGAAAAAUAUAGGUCGAACUUUAUAUGGUGGGAUAUUUUAUUAAUGGUCAGAUCAGUAUUGUACAUUAUAGUUACCUUUGCCUUUGCAUUCUCUUAUAUCGAUAUUAAAGGUUUAGUUAUUUCUACAAUGGGACUUUUCUUUACUUUUGUUACAUGGAUGUGCAAACCUUAUAGAUCUCAAUACAAGAACGAACUAGAGUCAUAUUUAUCACUCGUCAUAACAUUAGUAGGUUUAAUUAUAAAUACUAGGGCUUUAACAAGUAUAGAUGUUUUUAGUGGUGUUAUUUUAUCAUUAUCCGGUGUUAUUGCUCUCGUUCCGAUUGGUAUUUGUAUUGGUCACAUCAAUCAAAAAAUUUAUAACAAAGGUAUUCAAACAACAAAUCCAUCCACAACCAAAGUUAAAACUCGUCAAAACAAAGUUUUAGUUAAAUCAAUUAAUGAUGGCGAAGAUGAAUUUGACCCAUUAAUAAAUAAACAUGGUGAAAUUAAUUAA